UACCUACGGUACCAAGCUCGUAAGCCGGUACUUGCUGGUACCAGCUUGUACAGACUGGUACACACUCGCAGGGCCUUUAUGAGUCAAGCUGUUGAUGACAUUAGACUAAAUGCGGCGGGGCAGUAAAACUGACAAUGCGAGACGGACAAGGUUUCAAGUGAAUAGACCAAUAAGAUUCGAGCGGAAUUGGUUAAACAAAGAAUCUAAUGCGAGUUCUAGAAAUUUGCUGGUUGAAAUUAGUUCUCAACGGCCGAAUAGAUCUAGACGUCGUGAAAGUCUAACACGCGUACGAAAAACAAAUAGCCAAGACAAGGUAAAGCUGGCCAGCCUGCCGAGGGAAAAGAGCUCAUGGUACAGUUCAAGAGACCCCCUGCCGCGUACAAAUUUGCCACGUUUGAAAAUUUCCCACGGAAUUCACUCGACUGCUAUGUGUGCGCCAAGGAAUGAGCUGGCUAUUUCCAGACACCGGUCAACAUGUUGCGGUGUCUGUACAGUUACAGGGUUAAAGCCAGGGAACCCGAGAUGGCAAAACCAGGACUCUUAUAUUAUUUCGGAAGACUUUCAACGGCAGACAAACCAACGGUGUUACGGUGUCCUUGACGGCCAUGGGGAGAUAGGUCACCUGGUCUCCAAGCGCUGUAGCCAGCAGCUCUGUGAGCACUUCGUGAAGUCACAGUUGGACAUGUCACUUGCAUUCCGCCUAAUGCAAGAAGUAGAAUUGCGCGCUUGAUUCAAUGACACGCUUUGAAUCCACACUAUCUACCUGUAGGAUUUGAGUCAAUGCGAGUUGGAUAUUAAAUGUAGUGGCGCUACUUGUGUGUUUGUUCACUUGCAUGAUAGUUAUCUUCGGGUUGCCAAUAUCGGGGACUCGCGGGGAGUUCUCGGGCAUUUAGAUGGAGCUAAUAUUUGCGCAACCCCGUUGACAUCUGAUCACAAGGUAUGUAUGUAUACAUCUACACUAACUUAAUUGUGUCUCAUUUGUUUUAUCACAGCCUGACCGACACGAUGAGCAAAUACGCAUCGUAGCGUGCGGAGGUCAAGUUAGUUGUCGUCAACUAGUCGUUGGCCAUAGUAGUAAUGGACCAAUCACGUUGCCUCUUGGCCCACCUCGAGUUUGGUAUAGAAGGUUAGAUUUUAAUGUAUUAUCUUAUCACCUUGAAGCGUAGAAAUAGCAGUCAUGGCGACACGAUGGGGCUUGCCAUGAGUCGUUCAUUUGGCGACGCAAUUGCACAUGGUAACAAUUUUUGGAUGACCAUAUUCUAUCUUUGAACGUGCAGGGCUGGGCGUUUCUUGUGAACCAGAGAUCACUCAGUACAAUCUAGAUUUGGCUGAUAAGUUUCUCAUCUGGUUUGGGUUUUGUGGCUAAUUAGAAAUAUUAAUUUUAUCAUAGCGCAACUGAUGGCGUCUGGGAUGUGAUUGACAAUGCACAAGCAGUAAAAAUUGUUCACACACUUUACGAGCGGUGAGUUGGGCUCCUUUGACCUUUUGCCAACCAGAGAUUUAAGGUCGAAUGACUGGGACCCACUUGAGGCUGCUCACACGUUAUGCAUAUCAGCUCGCAAUCGCUGGCAAAGUUUAUCGCCAAUGAUUGAUGAUAUUACAGCACUUGUUGUUGAUCUUCAUAGAGCACUAGCCUGCGGGAAGCAGGGUAAAGGCAGAUCCAGUGAAUAUCUAUUACGCGUGGAUCUAUCUAUUUGUUGAUUUGGAUCGCCUCGCAGGUACAGAAAUAAAAAAACCAACCGCUCUCCGAAGGUUGACUUGAUCGAACCAGUGCCAGCGGCUCGCCCCAUGGCCGUCAGGGACGUAAUCGUGAUCUGAACUUAACUUCCCCGACCCGGGCUAGGUUGCCAUUUAAGUAGUAUAGGGAAAAUGUAUACUUUAUGUCCCAUCCUGACGGAUGAGCCAUA